AGAACCAGCAGAACCAGCAGCAGCAGCAGCAGCAGCACUACUGCACCAGCUCCACACCAGUAACCCACUCACACAGAAAAAGAAAAUAGAAAUGGCAGACUUUGAACUGCAGAUGUUGGAAUGCUUGUCUGAGAGCGACAGCGCCUUCGAGUCCGAUUUUGAUGAACUGGACUGUUCUGACCCGCUGGCCAUGAGCGGCCGGUGUGAUCUCCACCGAGGGCUCCGGAUCGAGAUUUCCCAGCAUCCUCACAGCUUGAGGAAGGUGGCGAACAUCGUGAUUGGCCUACAGAGGCUGCAGAAGUUCCGACACGCUGAGAAAGUGUCUCGAUCCACGGAGUUCACCGAGCACGAGCUGCUCAACAUCAUCCUGGAGAGCGUGGUGGAAGAGACGGUGGUGAUGCGGCUGAGCUGUGAUUCGCCGGUGACGUACAGUAAGCAGGAUAAGGAGCUGCAGUGCACCGUGUGUGAUAACCUGCAGAAGAGGCUGGUGCACAGCGAGGGAGACCCCUACCUGCUGGCCGUCACCCUGAAGGGAGGAAACCAGAGUCAGAGCGUUCGCAUGAACCUGUCGACCUAUGCCUCCCCGUCCUGCAACUCCACAAAGGGUCAGCCGGUGUGUUUGGGAAUCGCUAAGAGUAACCUGUACCUGUCCUGUACCGAGUCUGAUUCUGGAUCCCCUCACCUGAGCCUGGAGGAGGUGAAGAAUAAAGAGGAGCUGAAGAUGAUCCGGGGGGAAGACGGGCUGAAGCGCUUCCUCUUCCUCCGCAGCGUUAAGGGCGGCUCGGUCAACACCUUCGAGUCGGCCCGGUUCCCCGGCUGGUUCAUCAGCACGGCUACGGAGGACUACCAGCCCGUGGAGAUGUGCGCCGAGGCCGACACCAGCCGCCAGCGGGUCUUCACGCUGCUGCCCUGAGCGCUCGAGUGAGCGGCGGUACCGGUUCCAGAGAGUAUGGUAGUAUGUACCGAGUACAGUUCUUACUCUGGAGACCGGCGCCGCGGAGCUCCCGGAUCAGUUAGAGAUUCUCACCCGAGAAGUAACGUUACUUCAGUUAUAAGUGUAGGCCGAAAUUCUGGUGUUUUAAUAUAUUUUAUAAAUGAAUUUUAGUGUAAUAGUGUAUAGUUAGAUGAGUGAAAGAUAAGCUGAUUAUCGAAAGGCAUAAAAUUAAAGGUUAAGUAUUACUUUAUUAUUUCAUUCAUUUACAUUUUUUAUUAAAGUAAAAAGAAAAGACUUUUUUCCACUGGAUGCAGCACAACCCCAAAUCAUGAUCCAUCCACCCCCAUGCUUAACAGUUGGUAUUAAUAAUAAUCACAGAGUUAUAUUGCUUAAAGUAUCAGCCUAUUUUCUACUCUCUUAGCUAUUCACUAAAACAAAUUCUGACCAGCGAAAUAUAUUUUAUAUUAUAUAUUUAUGUAUGCUGUAUUAAUGAAAUGUUAUUUAAGUUUUUUUUAUAUAUAUUUAUUUAUGUGUGUUUCUGCAAAACUUGUAUUGAACACCAGUGUAUUUAUUAUGAAUUUAUUUAAUGUAUUUAUUUUGUGCAGAUGUAAACGUCAAAAUAAAAAUGAAGCAAAUACA